UCCAUUGCACAACCACGGUUCUCAUACUAUCCUUUUAAGUACCAUGGCAUUAGUCAUGAUAAUGUUUAUGCUAUGCCUCCUAGGAUUUUCUCCGUUCUCAACACUGGCAUCUCCCUCUAGUAUUAUAACUGUGUCUGUGUUUAGGAAGUUCUUCCCAUCCAACAUCGCGAAUCCUUUCUACACAUACAACGAUUUCAUUGCGGCAACAAAAUACUAUCCCACGUUUGGAAGCACAGGGAGUCUUGAUGUUCAAAAGAGGGAACUGGCGGCCUACUUUGCAAAUGUGAAGCAGGAGACUGGAACACUGCAAUACAUUCGAGAGAUCAACCGAAACAACGUCUAUUGUGACACUAGUCGUGGGAUCCCAUGUCCUGCAGGUACAAAGGCUUACUAUGGAAGAGGACCUUUGCAGCUCACCUGGAAUUACAAUUACAAUGCUGCUGGAAAGGCUUUCAACAUGAACCUCCUCCAAAAUCCAGACCAGGUUGCUCAGAAUGGCGUCCUUUCGUGGAGGUCAUCAUUGUGGUUUUGGAUGCAAAAUUCGAAUUGCCACGCCGCAAUAACACAGAACCAAGGAUUUGGAGCUACAAUUCGAGCCAUCAAUGGAGGGGAGUGUGGCAAGGGCCGUGAGACACAACCCGCACAGAACCGUAUCAAUUAUUACAAGAAAUUUUGCUCACAGUUGGGUGUUUCACCAGGUGGGAACCUUGGCUGUGCUAAACAAAUGAUUUUUAAAGUAACUAGCUACUAAGUAAUGUAUUAUUAAAAACAAAUAAUUAAUCUGGAAAUUAGAGA